AACCCACGUCCAUGCUCUGACUCGGCGUAGUGUGCCCUCAGCAUUCACACAGAGAUUCUUCAGCAGUGAGUCUACAGCUGCGCUGGAGAACGGUGUUUGGUGAAGAGAGCCUGCCUCUCGUAAAAGCGCGGCUCACAAACUUUUCAACGCUGCGUUCUUGACUUCCACAAAGCUUUCUCUUUAUUAAACUUUGUAUAGAAGCGGGAAACAUUUUUAAUGAACAACUGUGGACAAUAUAUUUACUGUCAUGGAGCGACGUGGAUUUUCCUUACUUUGCUGGGGCACGAUAGCUUCCCUGUUUAUAUCCGUUCUGGAACCGAGCGCAGUUGAUGGGAUGUUCCAGCCGCCCUUCAGUCUGAAGAAGUUGUGUAUGUUCUGUGACGUGGAGUCUUCAUCCUGCAACGGAACAGGAAGCUGCCUUUCUAACUGCUCCAUCACCUCCAUCUGUCCUCUGGAGCAGGAAGUCUGCAUCGCCAUCUGGAGGAAGAAUGACGGUAACUACAGCAUUGAGACUCUGUGUCAUGACCCCUCCCAGCCUCUGUACGGUGUGGUGCUGGAUGACUACAACAGUUCUACAUGUACCAUGAAGGAGAAGAAGAGCUCUGGAGGACCGUUGUUCAUCUGUUCCUGUACUGGGGAGGAGUGUAACAAUAACCUGGAAUUCGCUCCCGUAGUUGGCCCGACCAUCGAGUCCCCGGUGGUAUCCAUCAUCCUGAUCAGCCUGUUACCCUUACUGGUUCUAGCGGUAGUAGUCAUCACUAUGCUCUAUUGGUACCGAGUCCAACGCCAUCGCAAACUCACCGAGGAAGAGUGGGACAGCAAGAAGCCCAAACGCAAGGGCAAAGGUCUGGACUGCAGCAUCAUGAUGGACGACGAUGGAUCAGACAGCAGCUCUACGCACGCCAACAACCUCAACCACAACACUGAGCCCCUACCCAUCGAGCUGGACCUGCAGGUGGGUAAGGGGCGCUUCGCUGAGGUGUACAAGGCCAAGCUGAGGCAGCCCGGCUCCUCAUCGGACCAGUUUGAGACGGUGGCCGUGAAGAUCUUCCCUGAGGAGGAGUACGCAUCGUGGAAGAACGAGAAGGACAUCUUCUCUGACAUCGACCUUCGCCACGACAACGUCCUCCACUUCCUCACAGCAGAGGAGAGAAAGAUGUCGAAGCAGUACUGGCUGAUCACAGCCUUCCACCCCCGGGGAAACCUUCAGGAGUACCUGACCCGUAACCUGGUCACCUGGGAGGAUCUACGCGGGCUGGGGGGGUCCCUGGCCUGCGGGGUGGCACACCUUCACAGUGACCACACGGCCAGCGGGCGGCCCAAGGUGCCCAUCGUACACCGCGACCUGAAGAGCUCUAACAUCCUGGUGAAACAGGAUCUGACCUGUUGUCUGUGUGACUUUGGACUGGGGCUCAGACUGGAUAACACCCUGACAGUGGAUGAUCUAGCUAACAGCGGACAGGUGGGCACAGCCAGGUACAUGGCUCCUGAAGUGCUGGAGUCCAGGCUGAAUCUGGAGAACAUUGAAUCGUUCAAGCAGACAGAUGUCUAUUCUAUGGCUCUGGUGUUGUGGGAGAUCACCUCCCGCUGUCAUGCCAUCGGAGAGGUUAAGGACUAUGAGCCUCCAUAUGGCUGUAAAGUUCAGAUGCACCCUGGUGUGGAGAGCAUGAAGGAUCACCUCCUCAGAGACAGAGGAAGACCUGAGAUCCCAGACAGCUGGAUCAACCACCAGGGCAUAGCCAUCGUGUGUGGUUCCAUAGAGGAGUGUUGGGACCACGACCCGGAGGCCAGGCUCACAGCCCAGUGUGUUGCCGAACGCUUCAGCGAGAUAGAAGACGAGAUGGAAAAACUGUCCAGUCGCAGCAGCUCCGAUGAGAAGAUACCAGCGGAGGAACUGAAGAUACCGACGCUACCUGAAGAAGAACGACAGAUGAUAGCAGGACAGAUAGACGAGGUGAAAGUAGCGGUGGAGAGCUCUGUGAGCGAUGAGAAGUGAGGGAAGGGAGAGAGGACAUGGAACUGAGGACUAGAAUGUCAGUAUGUCACAAACACACAACUCGCGUUGCUAUAGGAACUAAACAGCCACACCCAAACAAACAGCCCACACCUGGAAGAUAGCCAGGACAGUGGAUGUACUGUAUUACUAUACUGUACUGCUGAUACUCUUUUGUAUUGUAUUACCAGAAUGCAUACAGUAUUUAUACUGUAUAAAAUAAGUAUGUACACUUUACAGUAUUUGGAUGUACUGUACUGUAUUAUAUUGGAUGUUUCCCACUGAAGAUAGCUCUCCCUUUGACUGAGAGGACAGGACAUGACAAUGGAAGAGUUUAUAACCAAAGACUGAGAUUACAGGACGUGACAAUGGAAGAGUUUAUAACCAAAGACUGAGAUUACAGGACGUGACAAUGGAAGAGAUUAUAACCAAAGACUGAGAGGACAGGACAUGACAAUGGAAGGGUUUAUAACCAAAGACUGAAAUUACAGGACAUGGCAAUGGAAGAGAUUAUAACCAAAGACUGAGAUUACAGGACAUGACAAUGGAAGAGAUUAUAACCAAAGACUGAAAUUACAGGACAUGGCAAUGGAAGGGUUUAUAACCAAAGACUGAGAUUACAGGACAUGGCAAUGGAAGAGAUUAUAACCAAAGACUGAGAUUACAGGACAUGACAAUGGAAGAGAUUAUAACCAAAGACUGAGAUUACAGGACAUGGCAAUGGAAGAGAUUAUAACCAAAGACUGAGAUUACAGGACAUGAAAAUGGAAGAGAUUAUAACCAAAGACUGAAAUUACAGGACAUGAAAAUGGAAGAGAUUAUAACCAAAGACUGAGAUUACAGGACAUGAAAAUGGAAGAGAUUAUAACCAAAGACUGAGAUUACAGGACAUGGCAAUGGAAGAGAUUAUAACCAAAGACAAUAGCACUUUAUCUGAGAUGAUAGCUAUGUAUACCAGAGGGUGGGGUUGAUGCAGCACCACAUACAUGUCUAAUAUGUAUACAGUCUAUGGUUCUGGGGUAAUGUUCCUGUAUUCUAACAUGUUGGGGGAAUGGGGUAAUGUAGUCUAACAUGUUGGGGGAGUGGGGUAAUGUUCCUGUAUUAUAACAUGUUGGGGGAAUGGGGUAAUGUUUCUGUAGUCUAACAUGUUGGGGGAAUGGGGUAAUGUUCCUGUAGUCUAACAUGUUGGGGGAAUGGGGUAAUGUUCCUGUAGUCUAACAUGUUGGGGGAAUAGGGUAAUGUUCCUGUAGUCUAACAUGUUGGGGGAAUGGGGUAAUGUUCCUGUAUUCUAACAUGUUGGGGGAAUGGGGUAAUGUUCCUGUAGUCUAACAUGUUGGGGGAAUGGGGUAAUGUUCCUGUAUUCUAACAUGUUGGGGGAAUGGGGUAAUGUUCCUGUAGUCUAACAUGUUGGGGGAAUGGGGUAAUGUUCCUGUAUUCUAACAUGUUGGGGGAAUGGGGUAAUGUUCCUGUAUUCUAACAUGUUGGGGGAAUGGGGUAAUGUUCCUGUAGUCUAACAUGUUGGGGGAAUGGGGUAAUGUUCCUGUAUUAUAACAUGUUUUGGGAGUGGGGUAAUGAAUUGACAGGUCUGUGUAAUAAUGUAAUAAUGAGCCAUAUUGUAACAGAAGUGCUUCUGUACCACGGAUGAUGAUGUGGAGCUCUAUUCACACAAGCAGGUAUUCAAAGGAUUGUAUGUACAGUGUGUGUGUGUGUGUGUGUGUGUGUGUGUGUGUGUGUGUGUGUGUGUGUGUGUGUGUGUGUGUGUGUGUGUGUGUGUGUGUGUGUGUGUGUGUGUGUGUGUGUGUGUGUGUGUGUGUGUGUGUGUGUGUGUGUGUGUGUGUGUGUGCAUUCGUGUGUGUGUUUUUACAUAGUAAUAGUUUGAACUUGUUAGCCAAAUAAACAUUGUAAAUAUAUAUGGAAUGUAGCUGUACAGAUAAUAAUCUCCACUCUAGAUGCUGUUGUGGAGGCAGAGGAGCAUUUUACACAUUCUGUCUAAAUAACACAUUUAAUAGGAUCUAGCCAAAGAUAUUUUAUCCUUUGUAUUUGUAAAAUAUUGUAAAUCUGUUUGUGAAUAAAGUAUUUCUGUAUUUACUCUUAA